AGUUCCUGGCGUGGUACACGGUUCAAACAUCGGAAGUACGUCAGGGAUUGUUUCGCGAAAAACGAAGUGUCUUGUCAAAGAUUUUUGGGAAAUUUACGUGAUUCACAAUAGACAAGAAAUAUCUUUUCCAAAAUUGGAAACAUGAGCAGUCACACACUGCCCCCAGAGGGAGGGGGCGGCAAGGCUGGGGGUAGCCCUUCAGCGCCGGCCAGCCAGACCUCGACCCAACUCCCCAAGCAGCCCACGCAGCCGCCCCCAACGCAGAAGGUCGUAGCCGAGAAGAAGCCCCAGGAAAAGGCCAAAGUAAUAGUGCAGCCGGUUCAUCCGCCCCUGUCCACGACGCUUCCACUGCUGAGACAGAGUGAUUCGCCUACUCUUGGGCAACAGCAGCAGCCAACGCCUGCCAUCAUUGAAACUACCGUACCUAUCAUCAAGCCAAGCAUUCCUAACCUGAAACAACAGGCUGUGCCCAUUCUAUCAGGGGUAGCGUCCACCAAGCCUUUGCUGACCCCGAGUGCCCCAAUUUCCUACACCACCACCACCUCAACCGCACCGACCACUACACCCUUUGCACACCCCCACAGCACCAGUUCUGCCACGCCCAACACCCCCGCCAUAGUCACCACCCAAGCUCGACCAGGGUACCAACCCCUGAGCGUUACCAUGACCACUGUGGUUCCGACAAGGAUCACGACUACGGUUGCUGCGACGUCGGGCGCUGCAGCUUCAGCUGUAGGCGUUGUCCCAGCAACCGGUGUCCCAGCCCAGUACAUCCCCACUGUUCAGAAGCUACCACCCAACUCACAAGCAGCAGAAGUACCUGGUCAUACCAAAGCGGGCUCGAUCCCCUCCUCACACCUGGUAGCAGGGGCGACGACAGUUACCCAUAGUAUGUUAACGGGACCGUAUAUCAGCGGUGCUCCUAUUGGAUUGCAGCUGCCACCAGGCACCCUCCCAUACUCCGCACACCUUCCCCGGGGAGCAACAUCAGCUAACCUUGGUCUUGCUGCCACAGCCAAGUCGGGUAUCACUACAGCCCUGUUGACCAGAGCUGGUGUCCCUCAAGGCGCAGUUGUUAGCACCAGUACAUUUCCUCAGCAGCCCAUGUAUGGUUACUCUCGCCACCAUGCACCAGGUCAGGUCCAUCUCUUAACGCAGCGAGCCGGGUCACCUGGUGUCCUGGCAGCAGGAGCCCUCCCUCGGGCUGCAUCCCCAGCCAGUACUCUGGCUUCGUCACAGCCUCAUGAAUCACUAAGAUUGAUACCUCAUAUGAUCCCAUCAAGUCAAGGUUUGAAACCAGAUGGCUCUUCCCAGCAAACGAAGGUUGAACUUAAGAUGGUCAUCAAGAAGGAUACCACCAAACCCGACCCAGCCGCCAAGACGGACCCCAAACCCGACACGAGACCAUCAUCGCGGAUAGACACCACCGAUAAACCGGGAGACGCGAAGAAGGACGGGAAAGCGGAAGAGCGUGUGCAAGGAGUCAAGCUUGCCGUGGCCAUGGCGGCUCCUAAGGGUGCCUCAACCCUGGAGAAGGAUCACCCGAGGGACGAUGUUGCACGAAGUGCCGCUGAGACUACCAAGGUAGAGAUGAGGGUAGAUGUCAGGCCCAUGCACAGAGGUCCAACGGAGGUGAUGGGGCCGAGAUGGUCUGUACCGACUCAGAGGUGGGGUGGCAUCCCGUCGUCGGGGGCACCGGGUGCUCUACCAGGUCACAUGAUGACCCAGGUGGUCACCAACGUCGGCGGUAUGGUUCACCCAAUCACGACUGUCCCUGCUGGUACGGCGAGCACGUCAUCGCACCAUAUGGUCAGGGCGCCCCCACCCACGACAUCAGGCACAGGAACAUCACAGCCCAGUGCAACUAAUUCAGGCAACAUUCCUGUUGCUAAGGUCUAUCCCCGCCAGCAGCCCACUCCACAGGUCCCACCCGCCCAGAGGUUCCCCAUGCUCUCGGACCAAACGGGACCCGCCUAUAUCCAAAUGCACCGGAGCUCACCGGGUGUGACCACCAGUACCCCAUCCUCGACCCACCCUGCUACCAUCGCCACCACCGUACCGGUCACCCACACCACGCCUGCAGGGUCAACGGAGGUCAAGAUGGAGAGAUAUGCCCUCUCGUAUUAUUAUCAUCCAGAAUUAGGUUACCAGCAUGCUGUUGCUAUGCAACAGUAUCCAGGUCGUCAUGGUUACAAUCCAAUCAUUAGACCGCCAGUUGAUGGCCAACACAGAUUACCUCUUCACCCCGGCUCAUCCCUCAAUCAGAACAGUCCCGUUGCAGCAGCAUUGGCAGCCACGGCCCACGCAGCCAAUAUGGUCGGGGCCCCCGGAAGGCCGGGCCAGCUGACUAUGAUGGUGGGAGCGGACCACAGGCGGCCUAUUGGCUUGCAGGGUAAUACUACCCCGGGGGUGCCCAGCACUAGUGUGGGGGAAGGAUCAGCUGAUGGCAGCAGCAUUCCUUCAUUCUCAAUGUCUCAGGUUCCCCCAGGAACUCUAGGGUUGACCCAGGGUCAGAUGCCCACUUCCUCCUCCGCAGCCAAUCCAGGUGCUUCCCCCCGACCAAGUAUUCUCAGGAAAAGAAAUAACGAUGGUGCGACAAGUCGGAAACCUGUCAUGGCCAGUGCCAUCACAUCACAACCAGGGAGCCCAGGGGUCAAAGUUGAAAUCACAAGAAUACCUGUCACAAGUAAUUCACCAAAGCCAAGUGAUUCGCUACCCAGCAGUCAACACUCUGAAAACAGCAACGCAUCAGAGACAAGUACCGACACCGCUCCCCUUUCUACUGGCAGUGGUCCCAUCUCCACCGGGAGUGGUUCGAUCCGGAUCAAACAGGAAACAGACACCAAUGGCCUGGACCUGGUACCACUCGGGGGCUCUGCCUUGACGCAUGAGAACAGCAUUAGUAGUUUGGCGCCCUCAGUAGCUAGUACGGAGGAAGUUGGCCCAUCGCCGAGGAAGAAACCGCGGAAACAGCAGCAUAUUAUUGCCACUGACCAUCCCAUGAUGCUGGAUGACCAGUCAACGGACGAUGAGAAAGAGACGAAACAGAAAGUGCCUUUCAAGCUUCAUAAAAAAGAGAAGAAAGAGAAGAAAAACGCAGCAAAAGCAGCAGCAGCAGCGGCGGCAGCAGCAGCCAAUGCAGAAGCAGAGGCUAUGAAGGUUGUGCAGUUCUUCAAGAGACCAUGUCCAAGGUUGGUGGAUAGCUACAGACAAUCCUGGAAACCAGCUCAUAAUCAUUUUGAGAGAUACACUGAUGUCAAACCCAAGGAAGAGAAGAAAGUUGGUAUUCAUGAAAUUGCCAAUCAGCGAGGUAUUCUAAAGAAGACAGAUGGCUGGAAGAUACAUCACAUUGCCUACCAGUUUGAUGAUUUAAAUACGAUGGAGAAGGAUUGUUACGAUGAAAUGAAGUCAAUGAAAGAUGGGUUACUGGGGCUGAACAGCAAACUGAAAGAAUCAGAAACGGAUAAACUCUCAGAACUAGUACAGGGAUCAAUACAAAGGAGUCAAUAUGUGAUGGAAUACUUAGAGGAAGCCAAAGGAACAAUACUCAAGAUGCUGGACCACAAGACCAAGGUUGCUGGUAUCGUCAAGAAACACGCCAACAAGAGGCACGUCAAGAAGAAGCACAGUCCUUGAAAUCCGAUGUUGCGUAGUCUUCAAGAACUUUCGCACUCCACGGAGCAUCAUUAUUAUUUAUAGAUGGGGUCGGAGUCUAUUCAGGCCAGGAGAACGUUUCAUGAAAGGACUUGAUGGACGUUUUAUCUGACAAUUACCAUUGUAUCAGUGCUUCUCGUCCAAUCAAAAUCCAGGAAAGUUGUCAGAUCAGACAACUUGUUAGAUGACAGAGGGUGAUGGAGUGCUCCCUUGAUGGCUUGGACAAGGGUCAGUGCUGUCAAGUCGAGCAGGGAAUAGUAGAAACAGAUGUAACGUUGGAAGACGUACUGGCUAUUGCUGCAGUUAUUGAAUGCUGGCGAUCCCCUAAGAUAGAACAGCCGUUCCUGAUGAAAACCUACGCCUGAUGAACUCCUUGAGAGCGUUUCAUGAAAGGAUUUGAUGGAUGUUUUAACAGAAAAAGUUAACAUGGUGACAGUAAGAAACCUGUGCUUCUCAGCCAAUUGAAGCAAAGGGAACUUGUCAGAUCUGAUGAUGAACACUGCCCGGGGUUGGAUCUUUUGAACCUUUGUCCCACAAGAAUAAUCAUUUUCUCUAAAGAGAGUAAACUGUCAAGAAUAUGGCCCAUAUUCUGAACUCAGGUUUAAUAUAAACUCUGGUUUGAAGUUGGGUUUAACUAUGUAUAGCCAUUAUCACAUUAAUCCGAUACAUCCUAUACACUAGAAGUUGAUUUGUCAGCAAAUUUGGCGCUCGCUUCGUUCACAUCUCUCUCGGAAUAAUAUCUAAAGUAGUUUUCUUCACCGUUAAAGCAUAGGGAAGAUCCAAGUAAACACAAGACACGUUACAGUGUCGACAGAUUUUUUACUUUUUUAGCUUUCCAUAAUUUUAGCCCUGACUUAGACUGGGGGUUUUGUUAAACCAGAUUUUAGAAUAUGGGCCUAUGUGUCAAUGUACUCCCUGACCCAAGGCUAUUCAUUAUUUCCACAAAUCUUUAGAUGCAGCCUGUCUCCAUAUGGGGGCUAGAGUCACGGUAAUAAUGAAAGUCAGCACCUUGAGUCCUUAGCAUUGCCCACAUGUACGCUCCAUGAAUUGCUUUAUUCAUAUUAUUUAUCAGAAGCAAAGUUAAAGGCCACCGCACACCAUACGAUUGGACUGCAACCUGAUUUUCAAACAAAAUGUGUUAAAAUCCGAUGCAAAUAUUGAGACGUGGAACAUCUUUCUGUGUAAAGUGUUAAUCAUCGUACAAAUCAUGGAUGUUUGAAUCUGUGAUUUUGCUACCUUCUAAUUUGAAUAAAAGUGUAUUGAAUAUCUUGUCACAAUGACAUCAUAGCAAUCAUAUGUAUGACUGGCUUAGAUUUGAAACCAAUUUGGCCUUUUCUCCAAACUUAAGGGCUUGCAAUCAUCCAAACUUACAGUUAAUUUGAACCUGAAAUUAGACAGAUUCUUUUUGGUUCACAUUUUCAGAAAAUAAGCUAAAUGCAAUUUGUUCCAGAGUUGGGUCGUGGACCAGUGGUAAGGUGUGCGGCGUCCUGUAGAGUGAAAGUCUGUUUGAAGAACGCUAGGGUACCUUAUUGAUAUUGGCCCGUAUUCUGAAGUCAGGUUUAACUUAGACCAUGGUCUAACUCUGUACUAAAAUUAUGGGAAGCCAAAAGUGUCAAAAUUUUUAUUAAGUUGUAUGUUUCUUAUAUUUACUGUGCUCUUUCCUGAUUCUUCAAUGGUGAAGACAAUCAUCGAUUUAUACUUCCUAGACAAUUACGAAUGAUUUGAGAGCCAAAUGAGCCGGAAUAUGAUAUCUCUACUCUUAGUGAUUUAUGUAACAAUUGGCUAUCCAUACUUAAACCACAACUUUAAACCUGAGUUUAAGUUAAACCCGACUUCAGAAUACGGGCCAUUGAGUCACUGAAGACCUAUAGCUUAGAAGAUGUUAACAUGUUUGCAUGUUCUGAUCUGAAAUAGUAAUGCUUCGGCGAUUAUUUGGCUUACGGAAAGAUGACUUAUGCAAAGUCUUCUGUACAUGAAAAAUUAUUUUUUCUAGAGAGCCAGAUUGAGAGAUGAAUAUACGUGUUUAUGCAGCUUAAUUUCAACCAAUUAGUGUGCCCUUAUUUUUGACAAAGAUAAAUUUUUCAUGUUCUCACGAGGGAGCACUAUGCCACACUCAUUAUGGGUGACGUAUGGUGCAGCUGGCUUUCCAUAGAUUCAUUUGAAUUGAUCACACCUAAAAAAGAUAUGAUCAACUGUAUGUAGUAGUGGUGGUGGUGAUUCUUUAGGAAAGCACAGGGGUGUGAGAGUUCAGGUUUUUAUCUGAUUUCAGAUUUUUUUUGUUUUGAUUUUCAGCUUAAUUUCAGCUUAUUUUUGGCCUUCCUCUGUACAAAAAGUAUGGGAGCUCUUUCUAUUUCAGACUUUUUCAACACUCUUCAGCUUUUUUCAGAACUUUUUAUUUGUGACCACUCACACCCCUGAAAGCAUGAUUGUUAGGAAAGCAUGAAUGCUUGUAAGCAAUCUGCCUGAGGACCAAAGACUGACGUUCCUCUCCAAGGAACAUGGUAAUGAGGAUUGAUGCCUUAAGUUACCAAAGAGCACUAGCGAACCAAGUGGAAAUCAAACCUAUGGAUUUCAAAACCACCGCUCUACCAACUAAGCUAUAUGUGUGGCUGGCAAUUGAACUCUCUCAGUGGAGCUUUGUGGGCUCUGCUGCCGGUCGACAGUGACUUUGCUUUGAUUUUUUAUACACUGCAGAUUGCAUAAUAUUUCAAGGUGUUGUUCUUGAUGAUGAGAUUUGCUGUGUUCUCUUAAAGGCACAGGCUAGCAUUUCAAAGGUCUCGUUUUUAAAAAUACUGAAGUUUGAAACUGUUCAAAUAAUGAUGUCUCUCGUAGAAGAAGCAGAAAUAAAUCUACUUGUUUUUUCUUAUCAUGAGAUUAACUAAAGAGUAGUGCAUUUAAAAGUGAAAUCAUGAUCUUAAUUUGUUUCUCAGUUUUCUUCAAGAAUACAUUCCAUUGUCAGAAAAGAAUACAUCAUUUAAAAUAGGGUCUGGAUGUCCAAUGCACAAUAACUUCUCAUUUCAAUUGUGUCUGUACACAAAAAAAUUUGAAAAUUCAUAUUGGCGAAUUCCCGAAGGGCAAACUUAUAAAGGUGCUUGAUUGAUAUCUUCAAUAUCUUUUGAUAGAAAUUCUGAUGUCCCACAAUUGGCUCAUGUGUUCAAAAUAGCUACACAGCAAAACCUGUGGUGUUAACCGGUGUACAUAGAGGACCACACCAGUUAUUUUACACCGGUGUUGAAUUGGUGGUGUUAGUUUUACACCUAUAGGUGUCAAUACAACACCUUUGGUUGUUACAUUUACACGCUUUGGUGUUAUUUUUAAUCUCUAGGGUGUAAUUUUAACACCUCGGGGUGUGGUCCUCUAUUAACACCAACUGGUGUCAGUUUUAACACCGCAGUUUUUACAGUGCAGCUCUCCAGUAUUUUUGUAGUUUUCACGAUAGCGAUUUUCCUGUUACAGAGUCAACCACAUGUGGCAAUGUAAGGGGGGUUAAAAGCUGUGAAUGAUGGUAGCACGAUGAGAAAAUUUUAUUUAUUUCAAUUAUGAAUUUAUAAUGAGUUUUCUCCCUUGAUUCAAAAUUUUGUGAAUUUCCCUUUCUAUAUCUUGAACUGUUAUCAAUUCCAGCAAUGUGAAUGAUGACAUUGGAUGUUCACAUCUUUGCAAGUGAUGUCCUUUGUUCCUCAUAUUACAUAUACAGUGAAACCUGGUUUAGACCACCUAAGUCCUAGCACACACUACACAAUUCCUUGCGAUGCGAUAAUCAAAGAAAUUGUAAUCAUCAUUUGAUAUGAACAUUUCAAACCUAUAAACUCUGAACAAUCAAACUUCCAAAUAGUGGUAUGAAUACCAAAAUUGAAAUUCCAGCCAUUUCAACCUACGCUGGUAGAAAUAAAAGCUUAUUUCCAUUUGCAAUUUUGGAUUUUAUUCUGACCACAAGGCUUGGAGCAAAGCAGACUUCAGGUUUUGAUAUGUUUAUCAUUUUGCAGAACUCCAACUAUAAUGAUUUUGCUGCUUUCAUAUUUACUGCAAAAUUAAAGUUGUUCAAAAAUUUUGUCAUAUUCGAAUCAUGUAGUGGGCAGUGGGUUUAUAUCCAAGUCCUGUUGAGGAGAUUAAAGAUGUUAAACGUUGUGAUAUCUGAUCCACAAUGUCUUCACAAUAGCAAACCCUUAUCUUGCAUUUCUGUUGUAAGAAAGCCCAGGGCGAAUAUCUGUUCCACGUCAAGUACUGUAACUUAGGAAAGGGAAGAAAAAGCCAUAUUGAGGAGAAAGUAUGUAGGCCUAUACAAAGGCUUUAAUAUGAAUAAGAUAUGUAUACGAAGGAUGUAAUAGUGUGUUUAUGUUGUAAUAUAUUCUUGUUGUGUAAGGACCAGUACUGGUUCACUAUUAUUAUUAAUUUGUAUUAUACCUGUACAUAAAGAUGUCACAUACCUGUAGGAUUCAGUUUAAA